AUGGACGUCCACCGCUCUCGCUUCGUGCCCUACCCGACAUACAGUAUCAGUGCCGUUGCAUUCUCGCGAAGCAGCGACGAUGUCAUCCCAGAUGGGCUUCCGCAGCCGGCAUUGAAACUCGCAAUUGGACGAGCCAACGGCGAUAUCGAGCUCUGGAAUCCGCAACACGGGAACUGGGUGCAGGAGGCAAUAUUUCCGGGUGACAACGCCAGUAUUGACGGGCUGCUCUGGACACGCGAGGCAGACGAGAAAGAUAUUGAGGGACGGCCUGUGUUGGGCCAACAUCGCCUUUUCAGCAUCGCCACAUCCCCCACUGUCACCGAGUGGGAUCUUGCUCUAGGCAUUCCAAAGAGAAAGUCGACUGGAAACUUCAGCCAGGUCUGGUGCUUUGCAGCCCAACCUCCGCGCCACAGCAGCGGUACGGCCGAGGCGGACUCGCAAGAUCUCGUCGCUGGAUGCAUAGAUGGCGCCAUUGUUCUCCUCUCGACAGCCGACAAUGACCUUCAAUUCAAGCGCUUCCUCGCGCGCAUCAGUGGUAAGAAUGCCAAGUGCGUCAGCAUCACAUACCAGACGAGGGAUCGCGUUUUGGCAGGUUUUGCGGAUAGCACAAUCCGUGUGCUGGACGUUCGCAACGGUACAACCAUUCGCACAAUGAGUUUAGGCAGCUCGAUUCCUGGAUCACCGAAGAAUAAGCUUGUGUGGCAAGUGAAGUGCCUGUCCAAUGGAGAUAUUGUGUCUGGAGACUCGACAGGAGACGUGGUAUUCUGGGAUGGAAAGUCUUACUCGAUGAUUCAGCGUCUCAGCGUCGACGAGUCGGAUUGUCUAGACUUGGUGGUGAGUGCAGAUGGAAAGUCUGUCUUCAAGGGCAGUCUUGAUGGUAAAAUCACCAUCUUCCAACACACCACAAACACAAAUGGCCGCCAGACAUGGACGAAGACACAGCACAGGAAGAUUCACCAAGGCGAGGUCAAAACCAUGUCUGCGUACGACAGCAAGGGCAUGAGUGUGAUAGUGACAGGAGGUAGCGAUCUGGCAUCUGUCGUUACGCCUCUGCGCGAGUUUGGCAAAGAGAAUGGCAGGUCUCUGGUCAGCCUCCCGCAGCGGUCACCAGUGGCUAGUGCUCGGCAUGCGAGGCUUCUCAUCAGCUGGUGGCAACAGAGCGUUAGCAUCUGGCGUAUCGCUCGGGGCACCUCGAAUGAUACUUCUGCUGAGCCACAGCCGCCCCGGAAAUUGGUGGCCAAGAUUGAGCUCACCGCGAAAGACUACAUUCGGAGUGCCGCCAUAUCUGACGAUGGCAGAGUUGUUGCAGUGUGCACAAGCACUCAUGUGAAGGUCUUUCAAUUGAAGAAACGGACAGACGCGGAUGGACUGGCCGUGCGCAGGGUGGAAGUGCCCAGGUCACUGGCUGAAGCAGGCGCACGACUACUGGAGUUCUCACCGGAUGGUAAAUGGCUCGCAGCGGUUCUCCCUGACAAUGAAGUCCAUGUGGUACGGCUCAUCGCAGAUGCAUCAAAGCCGAAGCAGCUCCGCAUUUUGAACAAGGUGGUAGAGCUUGAUCGAGAUGUUCGGCAGUCUACUAUACCGACGGCUUUCCAGCAGUAUGAGCGAACCGUAUCCCGCCYGGCAUUUUCUCCUGACAGCUCUGUACUCGUUGCUGCCGAUUUGUCCGGGUACUUGGACUCAUGGGUGCUGGAAGGACACGAAGAUCCCACGGCGCCUGCAAUCGAUGUUGUAAAAGAUGAGCCCAAGGACAAGGAAAACGACGAUACCUCUGAUUCUGACAGCUCAGAUGACGACGACGAAGAGUACAUCUUGUUUGGUCAACACUGGACGGACAACCCCGCAGGCCAUCUUCUACCGAGACUCGACUCUGCACCUCUGGUACUGUCAUUCCGGCCUACCCCUAAGAAUGUGCACGGAGACGAUCUUGUGAACGGUAACCCUGGCGUACAUGCCACCCGUCACAAUCCACACGCGCAUUCUCACGAGAUCCCCAAGGGUCCUCAUCGGUUGUGGGUCAUGACAUCUCGACAUCAAAUGUACGAGUUUGACGUCCUUGCUGGCAGACUGAGCGAUUGGAGCCGACGGAACCCAACCUCAGUGCUGCCCGACGAAUUCUGUAAACUGACCGAUCGGGUGAUUGGUGCGGUGUGGGACGUGAAGCACAACGCAGCGAGACUAUGGCUUUAUGGAAGUAGCUGGCUGUUCAUGUUGAACGUUGAUACGGAUCUUCAAGGCAAGCCGUCGAAGAAGCAGCGACGCCAAAGCGAGUCGAUGCCACCUCAGGCCUCAAAGAAAUUGAAAUCCAACAGCGGUGCCGGCAACAAGAUGCCUGUGCACCACCGCACGGGCCUGCCGGAGACUGUUCGGCGGUACGAGGAUGGUGCAUGGAAGAAUGUACCCCUCGACAGGAUAACCAGGCCCGAAGACGAAAUGGACUUGGACGAUAACGACGACGAUGGCGACGCACGCCGGUUGACGCGCGUUGCAAGCACAGAGGAGCAGCAGCUGACCAAGAACGAGUCACGAGCAACGCCAGAGCGGCCUUGGUGGUUCACAUUGCAAUAUCGAUCGAUACUUGGCGUGGUGCCCCUGGCAAAUGACAGGUCAGCCGAGGAUCAUGAGAGACCUCUGGAAGUUGUGCUGGUGGAGCGACCAUUGUGGGACGCACGAGAAGGGAAGAGAUAG